AAGGAAGACAAGUGUGGGAGGGUUGGAGAGGAGGGUGCUUCCUUCUAAGAGCUGGGUAGAUCACUCAGAAAACCCUGCAGGGCAGGGGAAUCUCAGAGCUGAGUAAACUGCAGCCAUGGCCGAAGCCAGGCAGUCCCCAAACCCCAAUGAGAUUACAGCAUUGAGAACAAAACUCCCCCUACAGCAGGGGAACACUGGGAAAUGGGGACAGACAUCCCAGGACAAGACCUGGAAGUAUCUCUGCCUCUUCGUGUCCCUGAUCCUGCUUCUCGUGGUCAUUAUCUCCAGUGUGGUCCUGUCUGAAGUACUGAAGAGGACAAAACAAAUGCAGAAGGAAGUCUUCCAACUCAAAGAAAAAGUAACUCAAGGACUGGGAGAUGCUGGGCACGACCGGGACUUCAUCCGGGGAGAAGUGUUCCGACAAAUGAAGGCUGUGCUGGCAGGCAACGAAACCUCUUGUGAGCCUUGCCCCCUGGGCUGGAAGGUCUUUCAGGGCUCCUGUUACUUCUUCUCCCUGGACAAGCUCACCUGGAGCCAGGCUAAUGAUUCUUGUGUCCAGAAGCAAGCUCACCUGGUUGUCAUCAACAGCCGAACAGAGCAGGACUUCCUGACAACAACUGGGCAGGUGACAUCCUGGAUAGGCCUUUUCAAAGAGGGCCAGAAAGGCAACCACAAGUGGAUGGAUGGCUCAACUCCCACCUACACCAACUGGAACUCCAAGGAACCACAUGAUAAUAUAACUGACCCAGCCUGCAUGCUGAUGCAAAGCUAUGGACAAUGGAGUGACAUCUCUUGUGAAUUAGGGAGAUUUGCUUUCAUUUGUGAGAGGCGCCAGAACUGCUGACCCAAGCCCUUAUAUCCACACCCUGGGAUAAUGUAGAUCCCAUGCUACACAGCCUUUUCUUUUCUGGGUUCUGAGUUCACAACGGCAACAAUAAAAGACCUUUCUCCAAAGCCUAGUAUCCCUCUCUUGGCAUUGUGCUUGCUCACCCUUUCUUUCCUUUCCUGAUUUCUGCUGAAUGGAGGAAGUACCCCAGAAGCAGGGCUCAUCCCUGCAAGAGGAUUAUAAUUCUUAAUUCCCAUUAAGGCCAGACUCAGCCAUGAUUAUGCUUGGGCCAACGAAGUGUGUUGGGAAUUGACAUGUGCCACAAGUAAGCAGGAAUCUUAAGAGCUUUAUGUGGGUCUUCCAUCUUUAUUUUGCUCUUGCCACAAGACCAGCUCUUCCCAGAAGGGCAACUUCUUCAAAUUUGCAAUGAAGAAGACCCCCUCAAGCGGAGCUUCUGCUGGCCUGCAAUGACCAUAAACAUGACAAAGACAUGGAGCUCUGUGGUUAUCAGCCACCAUGAUUUUGAGGCCAUCAUACUUAACCUAAACUGACCAAUACAGAGGACCAAGUUUCAUUUCUAUUCCUUCAUUGGGCCCAAAUCACCUGGUACCAUGUAUACGGUCUACUCAGAGUCUGACUCUUGUUUUCCUCUUAGAGAUCUUCAUUAAAUUUUAUGGUCUAUAUUGUACAGAUGCAGUGGAUCUCUAUCCCAUUUAAAAAAAUCCUUCAAUCCCUUAAGUGUGUCUGACCCCCUUCUGUUAAUUCCAAAACCUAUGUGAGUUUCCUCCACAUUUGCAAGCCUGGAUUCCUGAGACCGAGAUCAUUGAGAAGAUCAUUGAGAAGGCAUCAGCCAUUAGGAUUAGUUAUGGCCAUUCCCUGGACCUGUCCCAGGCUCACUUACUUAUACAUCUUUCACUCAUGGUUACAUAGACAUGUCACAACAAAGCUUGGGUCUGUCGGAACAAUUGUUCUCCAACAAAUGCUAUUUUGAAUUAGGUAAAACACCAAUUUGGUCCCUGCUAUCUCUUUCCUUAAAUCUGAAACUUUAUGGGAAUGAGAUGCACAUCUGUAUCCUUGAUGCAGAGAAGAGAAACAUAAAAUGCAAUUCUCUUCUAGGACCAUGGAGAUGAGCUGUCAGAAACUAAGAGUGGGUCUUGCUCUUUGCUCAGAAAGUUUAGCUGAAGUUCAGCUAUUGUAAAAAUGCAGGUAGACCAGAUGUCUCAUGAUGAUUUGGUGAAAUAGGUCAAACCAUGUGCUUUUUCAGGAUGCAUUUUGCAAUUGCUGUAGUGAGUAAAAACUCAUAAGUACAUAUAACAUGGCAAACAGAGUGAUUAAGAACUGGGAUAGACACACCUGUUACCAGGAUGCCUUCCUGGGGUUUUGUAGUUUGUGGCAGAGGGGGAGCUGAUAGAACAGGUGUACAGAGCAAGAUGGAGUCGCUCAUGUCAAGAAGUAACUUAUGCCAAGCAUUGACAUAAGCAGCUAAGGGUGCUGCUGCUUAGACCAGAUAUCGCUGAAACCAACACAAGCGGAUGGCUUCCAGAUCUGGUAACCAGCUGAACCGAAGCCCAAGACUGAUUAAACUCCUUUUAAAAAGGAGCAUUUUUACAACAAACUGUCAGAAAAUCCAAACGCUGCACUUUCACAUCUGACCACAACCAAAAAAGGCAAUUGCCGGCAAAAAGUCUGCAUGACUGAUCUCUGAACACAACAGAGGUCCUCCAUUGUUUGAACAUAAUAAGCAGGAGGGCAGAGAGCUGACCCACUACAGACCAAAGACUCCUCCCAAGUGCAUGCUCACAGGCUGACUUUGCAUUUGGUUUUCUGACUUCUUACCCCUGUUGUUUCUGGGUUGUGGUACCACUUUGCCUUGUGCUUUGCUUUGUGUGACGUGUGUGAAGCCAAGUUAAAUAUGUAGUAAAAUACCAGUGAAUUCAGGAUCCUGAAAAUGUUUUACAAUUAUGUUAACCUUGCUUUAUGAUGGAAUAAAGCUGACAUAAUGGAAAGACACAACAUGUGUAUGUGCUUCCAUAGCAUGCUAAUAACGGUAGGUUUGAACAAACAACUAUGGGACCUGGUCCUCACUGGGGACGAGUUCAAAUCCAGGAAAAUAGUUUUGUCACAGCCCACCCUGACUCUGAUAUAAUAUCCAUUUAUUUCUCCACUCUAUGCUACAUCUGGCCCAAGAACUGCAAGCACAAAUCCAUUUUCUGGAAAUUAGCAUUCAUUUCUAUGAAUCAUUAACUCGUAUUUUCAUAAAACUAGAAGAAACCUCAACUUGGUUGCUGUGUAUUUAAAAUUCCAGAGCCUGGAAUAUAGAAAUCACUCAAUAAUGUUUGAUGGACGAAUGGAUGGAGGAGUUCCAAAGGCAUAGGGUAAGGUAAGUAGACAUUGAGCUGAUUCUAUUCACUGGACCCAAGCUGCUACAGGGCUCUCCUCAGUGAUGAAAUAACAGUAC